UCUGAUAACGCCCUGGAGCGCAUCCAUCCAGACGUUUUCGCCAACAACAAGCAUCUGAAAAGGCUGAACCUGGACCAGAACUCCAUACAGACAGUUGACCCUUCCAGUUUUAAGGGCCUUCCUAUGCUGCGAAGUGUACGGUUGGACAGCAACAAGUUGACAGCAGUUCCUACUGAAGCAUUGACGCCCCUCAAAAUGUUGGAAAUACUAAACUUGGGGAACAACAUGCUAACGUCAAUUCCCGUCAACGCGAUCCCUGACCUCAGGAACCUGCUAAUCUUGUUGCUGAAGAGAAACCAAAUAUCCAUCAUAGACGAUGACGCAUUUAUGAACCUGACUUCAGUUAGAACCUUGGAACUUGAUGACAACCUCCUGACUCACAUUCCGGUGGCGCUAACGAAACUCACGUCGCUCCAAGACCUGUCGCUGUCCGGGAAUCGAAUUAAGUACAUCCCGAGUGGAAUUCUGCAGCAGUCUCCCGGCUUGACGUUGCUUGAACUUAAAGGGAACCCCUUGAUGGGCGUCCACCCGCACGCGUUUUCAUCUCUGCCCAAUCUGCGCAAACUAAUCCUAUCUGACGCGAGGGAGCUGGACGUGUUCCCGAGUCUGAACGGAACAGCAUCCCUCGAAGUCCUGAAGCUGGACCGCUCGAGUCUCAGCGCUGUGCCGUCAUCACUGUGCCACACGUGUCCCCGCCUCAAGAGUCUAGAUAUGAAAUCAAACAAGUUAACCAAAGUUCCAGAGCUGGGCAGCUGCAAGGAUCUGCGAGUGUUGGACCUUGCCAGUAAUCAAAUCGAUAGCCUGGAAGGAAAUCCAUUCAAGGGCCUCUCAUUACUGCAUGAUCUCCUGCUCUGUAACAAUGUUGUACGGACAGUGCCGAAAGAUGCUUUCCACGGUCUGCCUUCACUGCAGGUCUUGGAUCUGGAGAACAAUGGAAUUCAAAUGAUUCACCCUGAGGCAUUUUUACCUUUCACUCAGCUUGAAGACCUGAACUUGGGUAACAACUUAUUCCCGGUGCUGCCGCCACGUGGUCUUGACCGACUUCUGCACCUCAAGACGUUCAACAAUCCGAACUUGCGGGAUUUUCCUUCACCGGAACAUUUCCCUCGUAUCCAGAGUCUUGUGCUGUCUUACGCCUAUCACUGCUGUGCCUUCCUCCCGCUCGUACCAGGAGACCAUCCUGCACGUGCGAACCUUCAGGAGGCCGUGCUCUUCCCCGGGAAUAAUCAGUUCGAUAUGUCCCUCUGGAAUAACAGCCUCACUGACAUCUGGCCUCAGCUGCAAAACCUGAGUCAAAAGUUCGGGACCCAAAUUAAUAGCAUGUGGGAUGAUUUUGGGUCUGACUUUACGUACCCAGGGAACUUGCCGGCCUACAUCGAGGAAUACUUCGAGGACCAGGAGAACGCGAAGGUGGCGGGAACCGACGCCCCGCCCGGAAAAAUCGCCUGCCUGCCUCUACCAGGUCCGUUCCUGCCGUGUCACGAUCUGUUUGAUUGGUGGACGCUGCGAUGCGGGGUCUGGGUCGUCUUCCUCCUCGCCAUGUUGGGCAACGGCACCGUCGUCUUCGUACUCAUCUUCUCGCGAAGCAAGAUGGACGUUCCUCGAUUCCUCGUCUGCAACCUCGCGGCCGCUGACUUCUUCAUGGGCGUCUACUUGGGAUUCCUCGCCGUGGUCGAUGCGUCCACGCUGGGAGAAUUCCGGAUGUACGCCAUCCCGUGGCAGAUGUCCGUGGGCUGCCAGUUGGCCGGCUUCCUGGGAGUGUUGAGCUCGGAGCUGUCGGUGUACACUCUGGCCGUCAUCACCCUGGAACGCAACUACGCCAUCACCCACGCAAUGCACCUCAACAAACGUCUCUCCCUCAAACACGCGGGCUAUAUUAUGGCCUGCGGUUGGAGUUUCGCCGUUGUCAUGGCUUUACUCCCGCUCUUUGGCAUUUCUGACUAUCGGAAAUUCGCCAUUUGCCUCCCUUUCGAGACGACAACGGGUCCUGCCAGCCUCGUCUACGUCGUGUUCCUCAUGUUUAUUAACGGUGUAGCGUUUCUCAUUCUGAUGGGAUGUUACCUCAAGAUGUAUUGCGCAAUUCGAGGUUCCCAGGCUUGGAACUCAAAUGAUUCGAGAAUAGCGAAAAGAAUGGCCCUCCUAGUCUUCACAGACUUCAUCUGUUGGUCUCCGAUAGCGUUCUUCUCUCUCACGGCAGCAUUUGGCCUGCAGCUUAUAUCCCUAGAACAGGCGAAAGUAUUCACGGUCUUCAUACUGCCUCUUAAUUCGUGCUGUAAUCCGUUUCUUUACGCGAUCCUCACGAAACAAUUCAAGAAAGAUUGCGUCCUGAUCUGCAAAGCCAUAGAAGAGUCGCGGGUGACGAGAGGUAUAGGAAGAUGUCGUCAUAGUUCGAACUUUAGCAACCGCCAGACGCCGGCAAAUACCAACAGUCUGGUGGACAGAUCAUCUCGGGAGCAGCAACACGGCCACCCGCACAACGCGCAGACUUGUACGUGCAGCACGAAACUGUUGAAUGACGGGAACGCGGCAGCCGCGACCAGGAACCGCCGACAACAAGGCGUGUCUCCGCGUCAGUGGCUGCUGCUGUGUCUCAACAGGGACAGAGAAAGUCGCCACAGACCUCGCUCGGACCAGUACGCGUACCAGAUCGCCGAGAUUCAGCAGAAACAGCACAAAAGAGCUUCUUCGGUGUCGUCGAGCGAGAAUUUUAGCUCUUCGAGGUCGGACUCGUGGCGUCAGAAUCAUCAUCACUGCGGUAUACCUCUUCGCCUGCUCGAUCCUAAGCGAAGGGGAUCUUCGUGGCUCGUCACCAGAAAAACUUCUCAAGACUCAAACCUUUCGAGUUCGAGGAAUGAUUCCUCGGGUUCUGCGACGACUGCGAGUACCAGCACGUGGAGAAUGUCGCGCUCGAGUGCCUCCAGUGAUAUUCGGACGACGGUAGUGUCAGUUCCUCCGGAAAGUAGCGGUUCCAGGACUCGCUCUAAGCCGCGUCUCACGAGGCAAAGCGCCAUCGUCCAAGAUGACUCCGACCCGCCCGGUUCUCCGGGGCGACUUACCGUCAGGUUCCUGACUACGAUACCAUCAGCCGCCGAGACGAGCGUUCAACAGGAUGAGGAACCGGGGAGUCCUGGUGGUUGCACAGCUGCUCUUCUGCAUACAAACGAGCUCUCUAACCACUCUCAGCCGUAUUACGCGAUCCUCCACGCCACGGCUUCCCAAGGCGACACCCCGUCCCUCCAACAAAUCACGAUACACACGAGUCCACACACUACGUUAGAUACGGGACCCUCGCGAUUUCCGUCUCGUGUACCCCCGUCCCCACCUCAAUUACCUUUCCUGUCCUCCGGACUUCGUCAGCAACCCGUCACAUCUCAGAGUUCGCCACAGCUAAGCUCUCUAGCGUCGGAAGUCCCACCCAGCAGCGUCGAGGACCAAACUAGUCAUCCCCCGUCACCCGCUGUUUCAACCCCCCCAAGACAACAAACCCCUUCGCCGACUCAGCGAAAAACAAGUCACGACGACAAUACGUGAUCUUGUAAGUCGACUCUAUGAGGAUCGCGAGUCGUCUCCCGGAUUUUGCGUGGGGAUCACGCUGCCUUCACCUCACGGUCGGAGAGUGGAUUAAGGCAGUGGAAAUUAAGGUGGUUUACGUUUUCAGCAGAUCCUGAAUCCGUUAAUAAAGACGCUAGUAAUGACGAUGAUCUUGGCUGAAAUGAUUAAAUCGAGUUUAAUUUACUAAUACUCGACGUCGGUAUUAAAAUUCUGAUUUGGUUUGAAUCUUGGCGUUGUCUGACGUGUUGCAGAUUAUAUUCGAUGAACGAAGUCCGCGUCAAAGUGUCUGUAGAAAUUUUAUGAUUCCGUCUGCCUCCGGUUCCAUCGUCGUAACCGGAUAUGACUUAAUUCACGAGUUACAGCUGUCAUCCUGCUAGCAGCGCGCGGUCGAAUGUCCGUCGCGUGUUCGAGAGAGGUUCAAGAAAAUGUUCUCUGUCGUCGUUAACGAAAAGCAGAAUUGAUUUUCGUCUUCUGGUGUCUGUGAGCACCGCAUUUACGAUAUCUUACUUCUCUACGCGUUAAAAAUUUUGAAAAAAAAAGUUACUUAUUAAAAAAAAUCGACCGUUGUUGAGAGAUGUACAAUUUACGUUAAAAGCAGAAUUUUUUUAUAAAAAGGCCCUUUGUUACUCGGAGACACUUUUUAAAAGACGCUCCAGCUAAAAAAAACUGCUGCUUUCGUAACGCAAAUAUUUUAUACCGUAAUAUUUGAAGAGUCAGGGCGGUCGAUAUCGUAAAUAUUUUAAAAGUCUGUAAAAUUUAAAAAAAAAAUAGCCGUUAGUGUUAAUUCUACUAUUUAUUAUCUCGUAUUAUACGAAUGUUUGUAAGAUUUGCUAAGAUUUGCCGAGUAGACAAAUAUCGAGAGAGAGAGAAAUGUCUAAAGAGUAUUUUCUCUGUGAUUUGUAGCGUAUUUCAUAAAACCCGCUGUCGCUGUCAACAUAAAAAUUGUUCUGUGAUAAUAUAUUUAGCUUUUAAAUUUUUAAUACAAAAUAUAGUUACCAAAUUUGUAAAAUAUUAAAUAUUAUAUCUGAUAUAGCAUUUAUUUUUCUUUAUAUAUUACGGCGGCACGACUGAGGAAAUGUAAUUUCUUCAUUUCGAAAAUAUUCUUUACUAAAUAGUACCACGUGGAUUAUAGCGUAAUAAUAUGUGAUGCAAAUAUGAGAUUUAAAUAUUCGACUAUCAGUCUGUCUUGUCGGAAAGUUGAAUUAAACGCGGUCACAUGCGUGGAAUGUGACAGAAUGUGAUUGUACAUCUCCUUCAGCAUUUAGGAUGGAGUUGGUUUGUUCAAAAUAAAAAAAUACGUAACUUUCUCCUUCAUUUCGGAAAAAUUUCUUGUGUUUGAGACUUUUAGAGAAUAUUAACACGAAAUUUCAAAGAUGAUCAUUAAUUUCUGCUGUGAUUUUCGAAGUAUUACUUACCCAAGUUUCCUUUUUUUAAAAAAAACACCAAACUUGCCAACCCCUGUAUAACAUUCUCUCUACGCGUCGGAAUAUAGCGAUGAUGAAAUAAUAUUUUGUCCAAUAGAGAGCGUGCGUUGUUCCACGACUCUGAAACAUUCGAUUAAGAACACGAAACAGAGCCGAUAAAGUUCUGAUUAUUUAUGUGGCAGAGGAUCGCUCGCUAGAAUAUAUUUAACGAUGCUGUAUGUUGCUGAAGUCUGUUCUCAGGGAAACAAAACUUGUAUAUAUCUGAGAGGGAAGUUUUAACUUCCGGUUUCACCUUUACAUGUUAAAUUAUGUUGCCGUUAAUAAACUUCUAAGACGUGAUGAAGCUAUUUUGCGAGUCUUGAAGUAAUUUUAAAGCAUUUAAUUCCUUGUAGCGUAAGAAAUAGCAGAACUUUUAUUUGUGACGUCAGAAUGUCGUCGAUACAAAAUAACAGUGGAAGUCUAUGUCAUAAUAAAUUGAAGUUAGAAAGAAAAUUUAUUGAAUUCGGCUGCCAAGAAGGUCGUUAGAAUUAAAAUUUAAAGGAAAGAGUACCCUGGUAUGACCCAGAACAAGAUGGGUCAGUCACGUACUAGAAGACGUCUGGAAGAGAUUGAAGAACUGGCGAGAAAUUUAAAAAGUUACGUUCUGGAAGAUGUAAGAAAUUGAAGAUUUUUAUUUGUCGACCAAAAGAAAACAUUUUUAUUAUUAUUGUUGUUAUUAUUGAUAUUUUGUAGAAACUCGAAAAUUUUAUGGUGAAGCAGGUGAUUUCCAUUUGCUGCGCGGACCACGUAUUAACCGUAAUAAUUUUUGUUGGUACACCUGCAGACAGGGGUCUCAGGUCUUGAAAAAAAACAGUGAUCUGCUGCACAGAUUUUAUCUAGAGAGAAAGGGAAAAUAAAAUAUAAUUCUGAUAUUCCAUUAUUUGCCGAUCGACCCUCAUGAAAGAAAAUCUUGUCUUCGGUGCUUACUGAAGACAUUUAAAUAAUAAAAAACUUCAGAUGAGAAUAUAACGGAGAGUAUUGAAUUGGAAAGGAUGUGGAAGGAAGCAGUCAUGGCCUCUUUUAAGGUACAAUCCCAGCAUUUGCCUGGAGGGACUGAGGAAAACCACGAAGAGCCUCGGUCAGGGUAUCCAGUCUAUGGGUCAAGGUUUGAGACCCCGGACCUCCCGAAUAUGAAGCAUUCGAUCGGAGCCUUAUUUAAAAUAAACUAUCUUCUGCUAACACCGUUUCGUAGUAGUAACUGUCAGAAUAUGGUAAUUUUAUUUUUAAUACAGUCCUGAAGAUAUCUGAAUCGUCAAAUUUCUUCCGGCCGAAACAUUUGUUGUAUGUUUAUUAAUAUAAAAACUCUAAAACAUGUAUUUGUCAAAAUUUUCGUAACAGUUUAUUUCAGUUGAAUGUUUACGCCACAUAACAUAUUCACCCAGGAAAUGACUUAAAAUUGCGCUAUAAUAUAAAUGCCAUGACAGUAUACGUACAGAGCACAGCUGAUUUUAUUUUUUUCUGAUUAUAAACAAAUUUUUAAAAUUCAGCUGCAGUGUAAUCUUGUAGGUGGUUAACCAAUAUUGUGGAGGAAUGUAUCUCUUCCAUCUUUCAUCUCUACUGUGAAGAUGUAUGCAGCAUGUUCUUUCGAAACUUUGCUAACCACCUAUACUACUACAUCUCGUCAUAACUCAGAAGACCAGAGUCCAUAUUUUUACUGUGGUAAAAACUUAAAAAUCUGAGUUCAGGAGCGGAUAUGCUGAUGUUUAAUUCUGCUCGUAAUAUUUCGUGACUCCAAUACAGUAAUUAAUAAAAUUCUUUAAAAAUGGACUAGCAGAGUGGAAUUAUCAACUCGAUCAGAACACCAUUUCCUAACCGUAAAAAUUAAAUUAUAAUUCUGUGUAAAUAGGGGGGGGGGAGUUUGAAGUUCUAUUGUAUUUAAUUAACACUGGAACGCCACUGAUAUUUUUAUACUUGUUCUAAAGUGACACAUUUUUUGAUAAACGGAAUAUAAUCCCUAAGAUUAGUCAGUAUCAGAUACUAAAAACAAUUUUUUUUUUCCCGUAAUUUUAAUGCGUAGAGAGAGAGGAGAUGAAUCGGUUCUCAGUUCUGAUGCAGGGAAAAGAUUUCGUACUUUACCGAAAAUCUUUUCUCCUGUUGUUACUGUUAAUUAAAUUUUAAGAGUGGUGCACUUAGACUUGGCUGUGAAGCUUAAUGUGCCAGAGAUAUUAGACUUUGGUAGGUUGGUAACAUUUUUAUGAUAAACCGAUGAAUAUUCUUUGACAUUUUCCUUCUAAUUCCAUAAAUUUAUUUAAAAACAUGCAAUGUUUCAGAAGCAAAUGUACAGACACUGAACUGUUUGAUCCAUUGGAUAAAUCUUAUCUUAAUAUCCACGCCAAUCCAUGGAUUGAGAUUGGUUUUUAUCAGAUGGAUCCUUACGUUAGGAUUUAUACUCUCGUCUGAUAAUGGACGUAAAGUCAGCUUACAAAAUUUUGCAUGUUUCUAAAUGAUAUAUGAAGGAAAAUGUCUGACGAUAUGAACCAGUUUAAUGACGCACUGUCAGCAGAAAAUUUAGACUAAUUGUUACGGUACUUUUUUUAUAAAAUGUUCAUAUAAUACUGAUAAUUUU